UAGCAGUCCAAGCAGGCAGGAUGCAGACCAGAACAACAGACAAGUACAGUUCGGGGCUCCAUGCGGACAAAACCCAGCAAAAAUCCCUUUAAUUUUUCCACGUUUUAAACCACAACCGACCGCACUCUCGCUCGGUAGCGACUUCAACCGGACCCGGGUCCGACGUCGUGUCUUGGACGAUGGAAUCUCACGCUCUCCCGGUCCAUAUCCGCCCUCAGCGGCUCCAACCGGGAAUCGGCUUCGGUUCGGGGCCGACCGUCGGAGGGACGCUCCGCUCCUCCUCCGCCUCUUCGUCUCUCCGACCCGGGGUGACGGUGCCGAUCCCUCCGCUGCUGCCCUCGCCGCCGUCGCUGGCCGCCUGCUCGGGGCCUCCGCCGCCGCCGCCGCCGCUGCAGCUCCACAGUCUGUACGGGGGAGGCGGCGGAGGUGCGGCCGGCCUGGGUCUCCCCGCCGCCGGCCACGCUAACCCGGGGAACCCGGCGGUGCUGAAGGAGGCGGUGGAGGCGGUGGUCCGCAGCUUCGCCAAACACACGCAGGGCUACGGUAGAGUGAACGUGGUGGAGGCCCUGCAGGAGUUCUGGCAGAUGAAGCUGAGCCGCGGCGCCGACCUGCGCAACGGAGCGCUGGUGGUUUACGAGAUGGUGGCGUCCAGCAGCCCGCCGUACGUCUGCUACGUGAGCCUCCCGGGGGGCAGCUGCUUCGGAAGUUUCCAAUUUUGUCCGACCAAGGCCGAGGCCCGGCGCAGCGCCGCCAAGAUCGCCCUGAUGAACUCGGUUUUCAACGAGCACCCGUCCCGCCGUAUCACCGACGACUUCAUCGAGAAGAGCGUCAGCGAGGCCUUGGCUUCCUUCAACGGAAACAGGGAGGAGGCCGACAACCCCAACACGGGAAUCGGGGCGUUCCGCUUCAUGCUGGAAUCCAACAAAGGGAAAUCCAUGCUGGAAUUCCAGGAGCUGAUGACCGUCUUCCAGCUCCUCCACUGGAACGGAAGCCUGAAAGCCAUGAGGGAGCGCCAGUGUUCCCGUCAGGAAGUGCUGGCCCACUACUCGCACCGGGCCCUGGACGACGACAUGCGCACGCAGAUGGCGGCCGACUGGGUGAACCGCGAGCAGAGCGCGGCGAGCACCGUCUCCGCCGAGCUGGCGGCCACCGAGCGCGAGCUGGAGGAGGCGCGGCUGGCCGGCCGCGAGCUGCGAUUCUACAAGGAGAAGAAGGACAUCCUGAUGCUGGCCGUGGGACAGCUGAGCGCCGCCAACGCCGCCACGCUGCCCUCGCACUGA